UCAAUCCAACUGUCUCAUCCCGGUGCUUCCUCCAUCACCGUUUCCUCCCGAAGCUGCUUUCGGGCACGGGAGGAGAGAAGGGUUUGGGCGAUGGGGCAAUGCCUAAACCCUUACAGGUGUUAGCUCCCUUCCGGGACUCGGGGGUGGGGCUGCGGGGGGCGGCCCGCGGCGGGGCGCCAGCACGCUGGGCUCGGCUCCGGGAGAGAAGGAGGGGCCGCCGAGGGAGGGGGCCGCGGGGAGGCCGUCGCGCUCUUCCGGAGGGUGCCUGCAGCGACUGGAUUCCAGUGCUGCGACGGUGCCGCGCCCAGAGCAGCAGCAACAGCGAGGAUGAGAGGCCAUUACCUGUUUGAUCCCUGCCGGAAGGCCGGCACGGGCCAACUUUUCCUGAUCAGCAAGCUAAGAAGUUGCAAGGACUAGUGGAAGACUCGGAGGGGCCAGGGCGAGGGCGCGCUCCCCCGCGCGCUUCCUCCUCCCUCCUCCCUCCUGCCGCCCGCGCUCCCGGCCUCUCUCCCGCCCGCGCUCUCUCCCUCCGCCCGCCUCCCUGCUCUGGCCCCUCCACGCGGUACAGGGUGGGGGGUGCGGCGAAACUCCGACCCAAGCCACUUGGACUUGCACAGUGUCCUCGGGGCUCUGGGGCCGAGAGCACGCAGUCGCGCAGCUCUGCCUCCGCCUGCCCGUCUCGCCCGCGAACCCGGCCCCGGGCUGUGGCGUCGGCUUGGACCCAGGCAGCCAGCAGCCCGCGCGGGAGCCGGACCACAACCAGAGGAGCCCGGAAGGCAUGCGAAGCCCCCUCCUCUGCUGAAGCCCGAGUGAGAAGACGCUCGGGCUAACGCAGGCUAAAGAGACCAGGGCGGCCAAGGCGCGAGACAGCGGGAGAGCAGCGGAGAAGCAGGAGGAAGAGGAGGAAGAGGAGGCGAACCCAGACAGGGUCAGCAGAAGAAGUGGUGGUGGUGGGCGUCGUGGCCAUGGCGGCGGCAAUCGCCAGCUCCUUGAUCCGUCAGAAGAGACAAGCCCGCGAGCGCGAGAAAUCCAACGCUUGCAAGUGUGUCAGCAGCCCCAGCAAAGGCAAGACCAGCUGCGACAAAAACAAGUUAAAUGUCUUUUCCCGGGUCAAACUCUUCGGUUCCAAGAAGCGGCGCAGAAGGAGACCAGAGCCUCAGCUUAAGGGUAUAGUUACUAAACUAUACAGCCGACAAGGCUACCACUUGCAGCUGCAGGCAGAUGGAACCAUUGAUGGUACCAAAGACGAGGACAGCACCUAUACUCUGUUUAACCUCAUCCCUGUGGGUCUUCGAGUGGUGGCUAUUCAAGGAGUUCAAACCAAGCUGUAUUUGGCAAUGAACAGUGAGGGAUAUUUGUACACCUCGGAACAUUUCACACCUGAGUGCAAAUUCAAAGAAUCAGUGUUUGAAAAUUAUUACGUGACAUAUUCAUCAAUGAUAUAUCGUCAGCAGCAGUCAGGCCGAGGGUGGUAUCUGGGUCUGAACAAAGAAGGAGAGAUCAUGAAAGGCAACCAUGUGAAGAAAAACAAGCCUGCAGCCCAUUUUCUGCCCAAACCACUGAAAGUGGCCAUGUACAAGGAGCCUUCACUGCAUGAUCUUACGGAGUUCUCCCGAUCUGGAAGUGGGACCCCGACCAAGAGCAGAAGCGUCUCCGGCGUGCUGAACGGAGGCAAAUCCAUGAGCCACAAUGAAUCAACGUAGCCAGUGAGGGCAAAACAAGGGCUCUAUAACAGAACCUUACCUCCAGGUGCUGUUGAAUUCUUCUAGCAGUCCUUCACCCAAAAGUUCAAAUUUGUCGGUGAGGUGUAUCAAACAAAACAGGCAGUGCUCACUCUUUGAUCUGCCAAUGGAACUUGUUCUCAUCCAUAUUAAAGCCCCAUAAUUUUGAUCAAGCUUGUGCAAAAGAAUGCAAAGCAUUAUCAAUGAACUCAAUCUGGGAGAAGGACUGCCAAAUUUUCUCAUGAUCUCACCUAUACUUGGGGGAUGAUUAACCAAAAAUAGUUCACAGCACUAAUGCUGAUCAAAAUUUGCUCUCCAACCAUGAAAAUUUAAAAGACCAUAAUUGUUCUUCAAAAACAGAAAAAAAAAAAACUAAAUUAACUGCUUAAAUGUUUUGUAGGGGCAAACACAAUUAUGUGAACUGUGUUGUUUUCUUGGCUUAAUGUUUUCUAUCUAGGCUUGAUUCAGAUGUAUGCUUUCCUUUCAUAUAGUGCAACUUUAUGAUUUCUGGAAUUCAAUGGUUCUAUUGACUCUGUGUCACUUAAUCCAAAUCAACCAAAUUCAGGGUUGAAUCUGAAUUGGCAUCUCAGGCUCAAGGUAAUGGUGUUCUUGUGAUUCUACCUUUUUUUUUUUAGAUUUGUAGUAUUCUGGUUGAGUUCUUGUGCUGUACUUUGUGCGUAGGAAUUGAGUUAUAUUGUCAACCCCAGUCAGUAAAGAUAACUUUGAAAAAGAUUAUCCUCAAUUGUAGAUUUCUCUUAAUUCCAUUUGUGUAUCAUGUUAAACUAUUGUUGUGGCUUCUUGUAUAAAAAGAUAGGAACUGUGGAGCUGUGAUGUUGUCUUUGUGUUGUUAAAAUAAGAAAUGUCUUAUCUGUACAUGUAUGAGUCCUCCUGUCAUUGUAUUUGGCACGUGAAUAUUGUAUACAAGGAAAUGUUAAGACUGGUUACCCCUAAACAACAUAUAUUAUACUUGCUACUGGAAAAGUGUUUAAGACUUAGCUAGGUUUCCAUUUAGAUCUUCAUAUCUGUUGCAUGGAAGAAAGUUGGAAUCUUGGCAUAGAGUUGCAUGAUAUGUAAGAUUUUGUGCAUUAAUAAUUGUUAAAAUCUGUGUUCUAAAAGUGAACAUAGUAUGUACAGGCAGUUUUCUGUCCUGUGCACAAAAAUUUAAAAAAAAAGUUGUUUAAUAUUUGUUGUUGUAUACCCAAAUACGCACCGAAUAAACUCUUUAUAUUCAUUCAAAGAAAAAAA